UGAGGCUUGAACACCUAAAGGGAAAGGUAUCGAUCAAGUAAGUUAUGGGUGAAGGCGAUCAUAAGAGAAAUAGUUAUCCUUCGGAUUAUGAGCAUGGAGUCAGAAAAGCUAGGUACAAUGAGAUGCACAAACAAGGGCGUAAACCAGAAUCCAAUUCUCCCCCCUCCAAUCCUCUGCACAAUCAAGAAACAGCGAUCUCCAAUCUUACAAAUCAAGGAUCAAUAAUAACAAAGAAAUUCGACCCUGAAUCGUCAGCAAUUCGGGUAAGUCUGGAGGUGAACAAGGGAGAGUAUAAUCUGAAUCUCAGAAGUGUUCCAACAGACAAUGCGAUGGCAGAGCAUGCACACACCGCAGCUGUGUUGGUGUCUCAAGGAGAACUCCUUCGCAAACUUGGCCUGAAAUUGCUUUCCAAGUUAUGAAACUGAUAUUUAUACAAGUCUGAAAUUCCUACAUACGCUGUUGUCUGAUGUUUAUGUUAAUUUCUAAAAUGUUUUUGAUCAAGAAGUAUCAAACUUCUACCAUAUAUCAAGGUUUUUGUUUCGUGUUUUA